ACCUCUUCCUCUCCCUCUGUGAAGAUGGCUGGAGGAAACCACACACAGGUGAUAGAGUUCAUUUUCUUGGGGUUCACAGAUAAUCCGUACCUAGAAAUUGUGCUCUUUGUGGUGUUCCUGACCAUUUACUUGACAAACGUGAUAGGAAACGUGGGCAUGAUUCUCCUGAUUCUGCUUGAUGAACACCUCCACAGCCCCAUGUAUUUUUUCCUUUGCCACCUUUCUUUGGUGGACCUUGGAUAUUCAACAGCCAUUGCCCCACGUAUGCUGGCUGACUUCUUGAGAUGGCGUAAAGUCAUCUCCUUCUCCAGCUGUGCCACACAGUUUGCCUUUUUUGUGGGCUUUGUGGAUGCUGAGUGUUAUGUCUUGGCAGCCAUGGCUUAUGACCGCUAUGUGGCCAUUUGUCGUCCUCUCCAUUACAGCACAAUCAUGUCAAAACAAGUCUGUUUGGUGUUAGUUGUUGGUUCCUACGUAAUAGGCCUUAUAAGCUUGGCAUCCCACACUAGUCUGACUUUCAGCUUAGAUUACUGUGGUUCUAAUGUCAUCAAUCAUUUCUUCUGUGAGAUUCCUCCACUCCUGGCAUUGUCUUGCUCUGACACUUAUGUCAGUGAGAUCCUCCUCUUCAGCCUUUGUGGAUUCAUCGAAUUCAGCACCCUCCUCAUCAUCCUAAUUUCUUACAUCUUCAUCUUUGCUGCCAUCUUGAGAAUCCGCUCUGCUGAAGGCAGGCUCAAAGCCUUCUCUACCUGUGCUUCUCACCUCACUGGGGUCACACUCUUUUAUGGGACAGUGAUGUUUAUGUAUUUGCGGCCGCCAUCCAGCUACUCAUUAGAUCAGGACAAGUGGGCCUCUGUGUUCUACACUGUUAUCAUCCCUAUGCUGAACCCCUUGAUUUAUAGCCUAAGAAACAGAGAUGUGAAGGAAGCAUUUAGAAGAGUAAUCAGCAAGAAAGUUUUAUCCCAUAAAUAA